GGACGACGAGGAGGAGGAGGAAGAAGAGGAGGAGGAGGAGGAGAAGGAGGAUGGGGAAGAGGAAGAANGAUGGAGGAGGAGGAUAACGACAACGAGGACGACGAGGAGGAGGAGGAAGAAGAGGAGGAGGAGGAGGAGAAGGAGGAUGGGGAAGAGGAAGAAGGAGAGGAGAAGGAGGAGGAGAACGAGGAGGAGGAGGAGGAAGAAGAAGAGGAGGAAGAAGAGGAGGAAGAAGAGGAGAAGGAGGAGGUGGAAGAAGAAGUGGAGCAGGAAAGAGGAGGAGCAGAAGGCGGAAGAGGAGGAGGAGGGGGAGGAGGAGGAGGAGGAGUAGGAGGAGGAGGAGGAGGAGGAGGACGAAGGGAACAAACUCACUUGGCGCGGGCGGGUGAUGGCGCGUGGGUUGCGGCCGUUGGGUGUCGGAAUUCGGCAGCUGCAACGCCGAACUCCACCGACAAGGCAGUGCGAAUUCGCGUGCCAGACAGCGCGUCGUCGUCUCGAAAUUCGAAUUUGAAAUCGGCCCGAUCUGGGCCGUCGAUCGCAAAGAUCGGAUGGCGUAGAUUGGGCCAUUUUCAUUUUUGAUUUUCGAGGCCCUGUCGGCCUCGAAAUUUUUUUCGCUCCAGCUCCCCCACUUAGCCCCUGGCCGCU